AUGCAUCUUCCAUACCCCCCGCGAAAGCGUUCGAACCCGCCGCCGUUUCGGCCCAUGUCAUCAAAUAUAUCUCUGCUUAGACGAAGCAGAUUAAAAAACAUUGCCAUUGGAGCCUUGCUUUUCCUGGGCGCGCUCUACUUGCUCUUUGGGGGCAAAAAGCCCGAUCCUUACCACGAGCAUGUGCCCUCAGGCCAUCCGUCGGUGGUGUUGGUGACGGUAAUUGACCCCAGUGAAUGGGACACUGCAUAUUUGGACACGAUUAAAGAGAAUCGUGAGAGAUAUGCCGCGAGACAUGGCUACCAAGCAAUGGUCGUCAACGCCCUAGACUACGAUACGCGAGGAGCCCCACGAUCAUGGGCCAAAAUAUUUGCCAUGCGUCACGCCCUUUCGAAAUAUCCCGAUUGCAAGUUUAUCUGGUACCUCGACCAAGACGCCUACAUUAUGGACCCAACCAAGAGCCUGGAGGACCAGGUUACGAGGCCCAGCAGGCUGGAGAGUCUCAUGAUUAAGGAUUACCCUGUUGUACCGCCUGACAGCAUCAUCAAGACAUUCUCACACUUGGGCGGCGAAAGCAUUGACUUUAUCGUAACCCAGGAUAAAGAGGGUCUUGUGCACAAGAGUGUUGUCAUUCGCAACGGAGAAUUCGCCAAGUUCUUUGUCGAGACGUGGUUCGAUCCUCUAUAUAGGGCUUACAAUUUCCAGAAAGCCGAGAGACAUGCAUUGGAACAUAUCGUCCAAUGGCACCCAACCAUCCUUUCCAAACUAGCCCUCGUCCCCCAACGGACACUCGCGUCUUACUCGAAAUCCACCAUCGGCGAGCAAUAUCAAGAAGGCGACUUUGUCGUGCUCUUCCCAGACUGUACCAAGACGGGGGAUCAGAGCUGCCAGACCGUGUCGUCACACUACUGGGAGAAGAUGAAGAAGGCAUUUGGUAUAGCAUGA